UUUAAUAUAGUAAGAUGUGUAUAUUAGCCGUUUCUUUGCGAUAUAAUCUUAAGGAUUGAGUUUAUUGGUGAUCAUAAAUUAUAUUUUUAUGAGAAAGAAAUAGCAAUAGAAAAAAGUAGAAAAAGAGAACGAUUCUUCUUAACCAACGACAGCAAUCGCAUCUUUAAGAAGUAAGGAAAUCAGAUAAUAUUAUGAAAGAAAUAGUGAAUAAGGAUUUAGAGAAUGAUCUACUUGAAUACAAAGUGAAAAUGAUUAGUCAUAUAGAAAAUAAAGUAUUACAAACAUAAAAGAAAUUGGAAGACUCUAUUCGAGAGGAGAUGGAAUAAUUUGAAUAACAAAUAUCUAAAACAAUCAAUGAAUUAAGAGAUGAUUAAUUUGACCACAAAGUAAGUUAAAUAAACCAUUAAGAAAGAUAAAUGGAGAAAGUAUUUAGGUAAGAAUAUAAUGAUAAUGAAAUAGAUAUAAGCCAUCUCUUUUAUCAGAGAUGUUGAAAUAAUCAGACUAUAAAACUCUUUAUCAUAUGAUGGUGGCUAGCAUGUUUAUUUUGAUGGCAAAUCUUUGGAUACAAGAUUAUUUAGAGAGAGGACUAAUAUUUGAUAUGGAAACUUUCUUUUGGUGUUUUUAGACUCCAUUAUUAGUGGCUGAAAUUUGGUUUGCUUUAGUUUUAUCCAGUUAUUUGACAGUAUAUUGGGUGACCUACUGUUACUAAAACAAUGUAAAGGCAUUUAAAGCUAUACUUAUAUUUAGUGUUCAUUAGACAAUAAGCAUUUUGGCAGCAUGUUAUAUGACAUCAGCAUGGGUGGUAAUUAAAAUAAAUUUAUAUAGAAUGGAUUUGGUUCAAGAAUGAUUGUAAUGUGUGAAGCUGUUAGAAUGAUGAUGAAAAACUAUUCAUAUGCUCGUAAUAAGAUGUUAUAUGGUACAGAUAAUAAAUAUAAAUACUUUAUCCUGCAAUCAUUUGAGAAAAAGGGAAUAACUAAAAAGAAUGUUUUGCUUCCUGAUAUUAAUAUUCAAUCAAUUUCCUAAGAACUUAAAAGAUAUACAUACUUUUUUCUGGCUCCAACAUUAUUAUAUAGAGACUAUUAUGUGAAAGCUCCCAAUUAUUCUAAGAAAAAAGUAGUUAUAGAAUUCGCUAACUUUUUUUUAUGCAUUUAUUAUGGAUUCAUUUUAUUUAGAUCUUUCUGUAAAGAACCAAUAUUACAAUUAAGGUAUAUUUUAUAUAUAUAUUUAUAUCUUAGAGAGAAUUUAACAUUGAUGAAUUUCAUAGUGACUCUUUUUAAAUUAAUGAUGCCGUCCACUUUUUCAUUGGUUUUAGUAUUUUUUGGUUUGCUUCACAGUUGGUUUAAUGGAUGGGCAGAACUACUGCGAUUUCCAGACAGAACUUUUUAUCAUGAUUGGUGGACAGCUUCAGAAUUUGGACAGUAUUAUAGGAAAUGGAAUAUAAUUGUUCAUGAAUUCCUUUAUUAUUAUGUUUAUUUGGAUAGUGAAAAGUUAAGUUAAGGCAAAAGAAGUAGAUUAUUUAGAUAAUUGAUAACUUUUGGAUGUUCUGCUGUUAUUCAUGAGAUCAUUCUCACUUUUGCUUUAGGCUUCUUCUAUCCAAUAUGUUUUCUAUUAUUUACUGGUCCUGGAAUUUUAUUCAUAUAAGCUAAAGAAGUAUUCAAAUAAGUAUUUUAUAUUAAAUAUUUAAGGGAUGGUUUAAUAUUCUUUUUUGGGUAUUAAUUUAUAUAGGUACCUCAGUGAUGAUCACUUUAUAUUUAACUGAAUAUUAUGCUAGAAUUCUCAUUAAUGAUCACUUAAUCGAACAAAGAUGGGGGAUUAUUCAAUAUCUCAUUCCUAGAACAUUUUAUCUAAUCACAGGAAUUUGAUAGCUUUAAUAG